CCCGACGCUGCGCACCCCCAUACCUCCGCCCACGUGCGCACGUGUGUCCUCGCCCCUAACCCCCAACCGCCCUGCGGUUGGCCCUCGCUCAGGAGGGGACCCUAGCCCGGCCCCGCUCCCUGGCAGGACCACGUGAGCGGGGCCGGCUGGGGCUGCUGAUGUCCCAGCCGCCACCGAGCAGCUACGUGCGGCAGCUGUGUUCCCAGCGGCAGCGGGCGGGCGCUGGCACCACUCGCCUGUCUCACAACCUGCUGGUUGCAAAGUGGAACUGGGGGUGGAGAGGGGCCACUGGGAGGCGGGACCAGCCUGGCGGCCCUGAAUGGGGAAGUGAGCCUCUCUCCCCUCUCCCCUAGGGCCUUCCCUAGGGGAGGCAAGAUGGCGACGGGUCGGCUCACCUCCGGGAAGGAGUGUGGCCCCUUCAUCUCUUGGUCUUUGCCAAAGCCAUCACCCACAGCCCAUAACCAGACUCCCCUCCCCGGGACUGUGACCCUUAGGAGCUGUCAGUCUGCCCCGUGGGGACUUGGGGGUGGAGCUUCUUUCCAGGCUGUUGAGGGCUUCUGGGUCCUAUUGAGAGGGAGACGUGGGUUAUGGGGGGCAGCCCCCCAGGGAGUUGGGGAUCUGGUGGUCUUGGGGAACAAUUGCUCCCUGCCUCCAGCUCCGAUCCCACAGCUGCUUGGGGUCACAGCCUUCUGGACCUUUGGCUCCUCCCGAGGUGAACGCCCCUUUGCCUGCGACUGGCCCGGCUGUGACAAGAAGUUUGCCCGCUCCGAUGAGCUGGCCCGCCACCACCGGACACACACAGGUGAGAAGCGCUUCCCCUGCCCCCUGUGUACCAAGCGCUUCACCCGGAGCGACCACCUGACCAAGCACGCCCGCCGCCACCCUGGCUUCCGCCCGGAGCUUCUCCGUCGCCCAGGCACCCGCAGCACCUCGCCCAGCAACUCGCUGCCCUGCAGCCUGGCCAGCAGCCCCGCGCCCAGCCCGGCGCCCAGCCCAGCCCCUGCAGGCCUGUAGAGCCCUUGCUCACACGCCCUGGGCGUGGGCCCCCUGCUCGGCCUGGCUUGGACACCAGCAACAGGAGGACAUGUCUGCCCUCUGGGGCCCACGUGGGGAACAACCCAGAGCCCCAGGCCCCCUCCAGCAGACCCUGAAGAUGCCCCCUGCUCACCUCAAGAAAGCAAGGAGGGGCCUGAGACUGGACCUGGGUCAGCCUUGGAGUCGGCCCUGGACGGUGUCUGUAUAUAGCCAUGAUUGUCAGCUGUCUUCCCGUCUGUUCUGUAGGGGCCCCGGGUGGGCAGCCUGCAGGCCCUCCCCCACCCCCGACGCCCUCUGUCUUGCCCAGUGGUGGUGGUUGAGAGGCUGGGCGGGCCCAGGGGAGCUUCCCCUGCCCAGGGCUUGUACCAGGGGCCGAGGGGAUGGCCACUCUCUCUAGGUUGGGAUGAAGUGUGCACAGAGCCAUAGACGGACCAGGGGUUCCCUUGAACUCCUGCCUGUCCCUAUCCCCACCCUACCGAAAGCCAUUGGAGACGUUCAGGGAAAUGGGGGUGCAGCCUGGCCACCCCCAACUCGGUUACUCAAUCUCAGGUGUCCAUAGGUUCUGCCCACUGAGGGGCAGCCUAGCACCUAGGCCCCAGGGAGGGGGAGGUGUUGGGGUUUCCACAGGGACCCAGGCCCUGCCGGGGGUAGGGAAGGAACCGGCAUUCCCUGGGGAGGGGGCAGCGUGGGGGGUGUGUGCUGGUUAUUUAUGCCCGCUGUCUGCUGGCUGGCCCCCUCCCUGGGUGUGUGUGUGAGAGUCUGGGGAGGCUGGUGCUGUGGGCCGACCUCUUUCUUCCACUGGGGUAGGGGCCCUGGCUUUGGCCUUUGUGGCAUUGUGUGACAGACAAUCUUGUACAGGACCCUGCUGGCCACUGGGCAGAUGCCAGCGGUCCCUGCCCUGCAGGUGGGCUAUUGCCCAGGCCGGUAGUGGAGCUCUCGUGCUCUGUCCGACCCUGGGCUUUCUGCCCUCAAGUCCCUCUUGCUCUUGGGUGCCUGAAGGAGUGGCCCCUGGGCUCGGACACCAGAGGCAGGAGGCCCCGCUCUUCAGCCUGCGGGGAUAGCUCGUUUUUUUUGGACCGGAUAGAAUAUUUUUUCAGGCCCCAAUCCCUUUCUUGUUUGGCCCCGUGGGUGGUCCGAUGUCCUCAGGGGUUGUGAGUGGGGUGGGUAGGAUAACCUGCCAGGCAGAGCCUCUCCAGGGUCUCCCCACUAUGAUUUGGAUUUCCUUUUGGAAGAAGGACCCAGGACCUCCAUGCUGGAGUGGAGAGGGAUCCAGGGUCCUGCCCCAGACCUAGAGAGGGUCUGCCUGUCCUGAGGCGCUGCAGGACCUUCCAGUCCCCUGACUGGGGGCUUUGGAGUUUGGGUGACUCUGGCUUCUUCCUGGCUCCAACUCCAGGCCAGACGCAGCGGAAGGCAGGGGUGGUGGGAGGCAGGGUACCAUGCCCUUCUGGAGCUGGGCUCGGAGGGUCUACCGGUGCAGCCUGCACCCCAGUCCUUCCCAGGGUCCUUGCAGGCUAGGUGCAUCUGUUUGCACACCCUCCUCCAGUGUCAGAUGCCUUAGUCCCUGGGGUGGGGUGGGGGGGCUGGGACUCCUUUUUCCUUGUGUCAUAUGUGUCUUGCUUGGUACCAGCUCCCCCAGGGCCUGUCCUCUGCAGGGGUGGGACUGUGCUUCCAGGACCCAGGAAGCUGGGAAGUCCUCUGAAGCCAUGGCCCCUCUCUGGUAUCUAGAGGCAGAGACUGCAGCCUGCUCUCCCCGCUACCCCGACCCCGGGAGCUAGCGGUCUCUGGGACCCAGUUCCAGCCAUUUAGGUGUGGCCUCUGAAGGGGACGCAGGGGGGGAGCCCCAAGGGACUAGUGCUUUCCGUGGGCGGCGCCCCUCCUCCACCCUGCCUGGCCUCAUCCUUGUAUUUAAUGAAUUAAAGCCAUUUUUUAAACCCUG